AUGGCUGACGCGUCAGAUUCGACGGAGAACGAGAGCCCCUUUCCUCCCGGUGUGCUAACGGAGGAACACGAGAAGCAAAUGCUGGCUAUCCAUGCCUGCUUGGAGGAAUGGGUCGAUACACACAACGACAGUCGAAAAAAUGCGGAAGGAGCGAAAGAACGGCUCAAAGUGGCGACAGAGAAAUUAGCCAAUCUCAAAAUCGACGCGCCGUACGCGUACGCUCCCGCACCGCCGUACACUUAUCGCUCGGUCCUUCUUUCCUGCACCAAGACAUACUGGGUCGCGCUCCUUGCAGCUCUCGAUGAUGACAAAAAGGCAGAAAUAGCUCAGAGACUGGAGAUGGUGCCGCCGUAUGGCAAACGGGUGCCGAAGUUCAAGGGCAAGAGAUGCGUGCAAAAGGCUGCUGAGCUGAACGAGAGGGAGUACGAGGGACUGAUGAGGACCGCGAUGUUCGUUGCGAUGGGACUGGUGCCAGACUUUGUGGUCGAGUGGUGGAGGGAGCUUGGGGAGGUCGGUGUGAUGAAUUGGGAGGAUGAACCUGGGAGAUAA